GCAGAAGAAACCAUGCAUGAUUGCCACAUCUCCACAUGUUAAUCAAAAGACAAAGCCUUUAUUUCUUUUACAGUUUUCGUCAUCAUGGAUGCAUAUCCUUCCAAAUUUAGUCCACAACACUCUCGUACUGUCUGUUUUCCCAGCUAAGCAUUUGUUACACUUUCACGAUUUUCUUGUAGGCUUUGGCAGAAGAACGUGUGCAUCAUGCCCAAGGAUACUUGUUACUUUGCAUAUUAUUUCAUGGAGAAAUGGUAACUGCUUUGAGGACUAAAGAUGGAUCAGAAGAAUGGGGCUAUGUACAAGUCAGACCCAAAGCCCACAUGUUCUGGUUGGCUAUACAGAAGUGCCCACAGAGUGGACAAUCCAUCAAAGCCAUGGCCAAUUAUUCUCUGGUUGCAGGGAGGACCUGGCUCUUCAGGAGUUGGAAACUUCAAAGAGAUUGGCCCUCUGGAUGACAAUUUAAAGCCAAGGAAUUUCACAUGGCUGAAGAAAGCUGAUCUGCUAUUUGUGGACAAUCCAGUUGGAACUGGGUACAGUUUUGUGGAGGAUUCUAGGCUCUUAGUUAAAACAGAUAAGGAGGCAGCCACUGACUUGACUACAUUGUUAACUGAGUUAUUCAACGGUGAUUACAGCCUCCAAAAGAGUCCUUUCUUCAUUGUGGCAGAGUCUUACGGUGGUAAAUUUGCUGUCACUCUUGGAUUAUCUGUUAUCAAAGCUAUUCAUAAAGGAAAAUUAAAGCUUAAACUUGGAGGUAUAUUUCUUUCUUAAAGUGUAUCUAUCAUUUGUCAUAUUCCAGAUUAGGAUGAUUGGAAACAAUUCUUGUCCACGAACAUGGUUUAGUGCAUGUUUGGAUAAUUGUUCUGAAAGUUCUUUUAGAGAAAGAUACUCUUUUAAUCUUUUGCACUGAAUGUAUUUUUGUAAGGGGUGCAACAGUUAUUCAAACGUGCACUUUUUUGUUAAUUUCUUUCUUAUGAUGGAUCUAUAAUCUGUAUUAAAUAUGUGAAGA